AUGCCGGCCGUGGACCGGACGGCCUCGGCCCGUUCCAUUGCCGUUUCUCGGUCUAGCUGGAUCUCAAUUUCAGUGAAAGGCUCUGCUCUCCACGGUCGCAGUGGUCAGAGGACAAUCGUCUUGAGCUCAUCUUAUGUUUUCAAGUUCAUGGUCUCCAUCACUUUUGCAUGUGGAAAACGAGCAUACGUUCCUAUAUUGUUCCUGCGCUUCCGGGCUCCUAAUAGUGUAUACUAG